AACUUUCCAAAUUUGUACUCUUAGAUAAAACCCUUGCUGGUGUUCUUAAGCCCAAACCAGUUUCGCUUAACGAACUGGAAGGCCCUGUACCUUUCUUGCAUUACACCCGCUGAUGGCUGUCGCGCUGAAGACAUUUGCUUUUUCUCUGCAGCCAGAGAAGUCUCAAGUCCGCCUGCCUCGCCUUCCCUCUCAAAGUCUCACCGUAAAACAGAGAUCAUUGAAGCUAAUGGCCACUCUCGCCGCCGUCCCAGCCGUCGGAACCCCUGCUGUUGGACUAUCCGAAACAUUCACCAAAUUGAGAAAGCAGGGCAAAGUGGCAUUUAUCCCAUACAUUACUGCUGGUGAUCCGGACCUUUCAACCACAUCGGAGGCGCUGAAGGUGCUUGACUCAUGUGGAUCAGACAUAAUUGAACUGGGUGUACCAUACUCUGAUCCUUUGGCAGAUGGUCCAGUUAUCCAGGCUGCUGCCACAAGAUCAUUAGCAAGAGGGAUCAAUUUUGAUGCUAUAAUUUCAAUGUUGAAGGAGGUGAUACCACAUUUAUCUUGUCCGAUUGCACUAUUUUCAUAUUACAACCCAAUUCUUAAGCGUGGCAUUGAGAGGUUCAUGUCCACUGUGAAUGAUGCUGGCGUUCAUGGGCUUGUGGUCCCUGAUGUUCCUUUGGAAGAGACUGGAAUUUUGAGAAGAGAAGCUGUGAAGCAUGGAAUUGAAUUGGUAUUGCUUACAACACCAACUACUCCAACACAUCGAAUGAAGGCCAUUGUUGAAGUUUCAGAAGGAUUUGUGUACCUUGUAAGCUCAGUUGGAGUUACUGGUGCUCGUUCAUCUGUAAGUGGGCGAGUUCAAGGUCUUCUACAGGAAAUUAAGGAGGCAACAAGCAAGCCAGUGGCAGUUGGCUUUGGCAUAUCAAAACCUGAGCAUGUGAGACAGAUUGCUGGUUGGGGAGCUGAUGGUGUGAUUGUUGGUAGUGCCAUGGUGAGACUGCUGGGUGAAGCGAAAUCUCCGUCUGAAGGUUUGAAGGAAUUGGAAAAUUUAACCAAGUCCUUAAAAUCUGCACUCAUUUGAAAACUCUUGUGUGUGUGUUUUGAGUGAAAUCAAAUAAGGCUUUGUAGUUUCUGUUUUGUAACUUGGUAUACCCCUUGGAAUAAAACGAGCAUAAAACUAUCUCAGUGAAUACAAGGACAACAUCCAAAUUUCAGAAUGGUUUAAA